UCUCAGGCAAUAAGACAAUCAGACUCUGUGAACUCCAAUAAACGCUUCAAUACCUGAAUUCCCUGUGGAUGUUGCAGCCAUACAGUGCAGUGUUUUCAAAUCCUGGCACUAGUAUGGUUUAUUUCUUUCAUACUAUGAAUUGUUGAUUUUUUUUUUCUCUCCACUAUCUUUUGGUUGGUUUGGAAAGACAGAGGGAGAAGCCAGAGAAGAGAAGGAUGCUUUGUGGGAAAUGAAUACGGCAACAGGAGAAGAUGCAAACUUGUGUCACAAGGCUAUCCACAUCAUCAAAGAUCUCUGCAAGAAACAAGUGGCUGACUUGGAACAGAGAACUUGCUCAGAGUUUCUCUUACUGUUACCACCGGACCAAAAGCUUCAUAUAACUGAGCCAGACCUGUCCGUCAGCCUCCUUGCAGUGAUAGUUAUUGUGUGUGGCCUGGCCCUGGUGGCAGUUUUUCUCUUUCUCUUUUGGAAGCUGUGGUGGGUGCCCUGGAGGAACAAGGCAGUAUCAUCUAACCCGGCUGCACCGCAGAGCGUCUCUACCUUCAGCGGGGUCACCAGUGAUAAGGAGGCCAUGGCAGACAAGCUAAAGGAUGCAAGCAACUUUGGCUUCCUGGAGGCAGCAGUUAAAAUCAGCCACACCUCACCAGACAUACCAGCAGAGGUCCAGAUGUCCAUGAAAGAGCACAUCGUGCGUCGCACGAGGAUACAGAGGCAAACAACUGAACCAGCUUCUUCAACCAGACACAUCUCCUUCAAAAGGCAUUUGCCUCGUCAGAUGCAUGUAUCGAGCGUAGAUUUUGGAACUGACACCUUGCAAGUAACUGAGCAACCAACGAGCAUUGGGAGGAUAAAACCAGAGUUGUACAAGCAGAAAUCAGUAGAUUCUGAAGAUAUCAAGAAGGAUGAUGCUAAGACAUGUGGAAAGAUCAACUUUACCCUCAAAUAUGACUAUGAAAAUGAAACUCUUAUAGUUAAAAUCCUUAAAGCAUUUGACCUCCCUGCUAAGGACUUCUGUGGAAGCUCUGAUCCAUAUGUGAAGAUUUACCUGCUACCCGACCGCAAGAGGAAGUUUCAAACACGAGUACAUAGAAAGACUCUUAACCCAACAUUUGAUGAAUCUUUCAAUUUUCCUGUUCCGUAUGAUGAUCUACCCAGCCGUAAACUUCACCUCAGUGUAUUUGACUUUGAUAGAUUUUCCAGGCAUGACAUGAUAGGAGAGGUAAUUUUGGAAAACUUAUUUGAGGCUUCUGAUUUAUCACGGGAGUCGUCCCUCUGGAAGGAUAUUCAGUACGCCACUACGGAAAGUGUGGAUCUUGGAGAAAUCAUGUUCUCACUAUGUUAUCUUCCUACUGCGGGACGUCUGACCUUAACCGUAAUAAAGUGUCGAAAUCUAAAAGCAAUGGAUAUAACUGGUUAUUCAGAUCCAUAUGUGAAGGUGUCACUGCUUUGUGAUGGGCGCAGGCUGAAAAAGAAGAAAACAACCAUUAAAAAGAAUACAUUGAACCCAACAUAUAAUGAGGCUAUCAUCUUUGAUAUCCCCCCAGAGAGUAUGGACCAAGUCAGCCUCUUAAUCUCAAUUAUGGACUAUGAUAGGGUUGGGCAUAAUGAGAUUAUUGGAGUGUGUCGGGUAGGUAAUACCACAGAAGGUCUUGGAAGAGACCAUUGGAAUGAAAUGCUGGCAUACCCACGAAAGCCUAUAACACACUGGCAUUCAUUGGUGGAAAUGAAGAAGUCAUUUAAAGAGUGGCAAGGCCGAGCAGCAAGCUUUGACAGCCAGGGCUCAUGCCCUUCCCCAAAACCACCACCAACUCCUUGAAAGCAGUCAAUGUAAGCGCCUGGAUUUUUGCAUCAACCUGGAGGACUUGUUUAAGAAUCCUAAAGAAGAGCUCUCACCACCUUAACAGCAAGUCAUAAAAACCAAUAAAUCAAAUGGUCUUUGCAUCGAGUUCAAGAUGAGAGCUGGACAAGUGAAUAAGUGGUUUGGUUUUGUCUUGGUCUGUUGUAUCUUAAAAUGUCAUAUGUUGGUGUUUUCACAAUUCAAAUCAGAAAUUAGACACAUAACAGGAAGAUAUAAAAGCAGACUGGAAGAUUUUCAGCAUUGCAAACAGAAAUAUAAUUUUAAUGUGAGAAAUAUUUGUUGUUAUGUGGACAAUGAAUGUACAUUGAAGUGUUCUUCUCUACAGAAAACCAGGAAGAUCUAAAGACACUGACAUUAUCACUGACGCGUUUCACUAUUAGUCAGUUAUGUGAUGAUACCAGACAUCAAGGAACGAGUGAGAACUGAAAUAGCUAUGAUUUAUAUGCUGUGCUCAUGCUCUGGUAUGUUCUUUAUAUGUGAUAUGAGAACACUAUCAUCAAUGUGUUUUGUCUUUAAUGAUGUUAAUUUUGUGUAAAAUAACAUUAGAAAUGCUUUUACAUUUUGAGCUUUAUUUAUGCUUACAAUAUCUGUCACAGGCAAUUUACAUUGUUAAAUUAAGUUACAGUUUUUUGUAAGAGUUGGUCUUUCUACACCCCACUCACUGGAAUUUUAAGGGUGCAUGAGAAUGCAGUUCUCUUAAUGCUAAGGCAAUCCUAACAUAUGAUGGAUGCCUAUGCAGUACUCAGGAAGUCAAUACAGACAGCAUUGACAUAAAAAUACAAUGUUCACAGUUUCAACUAAAAAUGCAGCAUGUCAUCUGUAGCCCUUUGCUUGUGAAUGUUUUGUUGAUCAGCUUCUUCUUACUAUGCUCCAGAUAUGGUGUAGGCACCUAUCCACGUGGGCUGCAGUCACAUAUGAGCAAUGUCGCCAGUCUCACUCGGUAAUGCACAUCAUCUAAAAAUGUAUAUUUAAGCUUAUCACUGCCUUUUGUUCAACCACAUUUGACACCACACACAUUAUUUGUGUUUCAAGAUCUUUGCACACUUCAAGUGCAACUAUAAAUAAAAUAUCCAAGGUAAUUCCCGGUAGGUGAAUUUUGUGGCCCUGUGGAAUAUUUUAAUAAUUUUUCAAUGAUGUACUUGUGGGAUCAAAGGUGCCUGAAAUCCACAACACAAGAAACAAGCAAAAUAAUAGUACAAAAAUAAAAAGAACAACAGCAAAAAAAAAAAAAAAAAACCAUUAAACUGCAGUGCUAGGUAUAAUCGUCAUUGAACCCUUCCAUCAAAAUGAUAUAUUUAUUAUAGCUUGUAGAUAAUAUUAGGGAAGAUUCAUGGAUAUACAUACAGUACAUGCUUAUAUGUAUAAAAAUAAGAUGUGAAAAGUUACUAAAAAAUUCAGGGUGAAAUGGUACAGCCGCAAUAGUUUCCAUUCUUAAGUGUUUUACCUGUGGAAUUCUCCCGUCAUGCUUUUACUCCUGGUCUAAUAUGCGGUAUGCAUUUUGUAUUCAACACAGAAGAUAUUUCUUAUCCCAAAGAUUACAGUAUCUGAGCUUCAGGAUUCAUAAGUUCUUCACAUAUUUACUUAUUAUUUAUUAUUGUCAAUAUUAGCUCUUCCAGAUAAAGCAACUCUUUUGAAGGUCAUUUUUCAUCUAAGGCCUAUGUCACACUGGCGAUAUUUCCCUCGCCUUAUUUGUAGCUGGUGCUAGCAGAAUGCUUGCUGGAGCAUAAAAAACAGAUUAAACAAGUUGGCAUAGACUGAGUGAUUUGAGCAGUUUAAUCACCCGACCCUGUGAUCAGUGGUUAGCAUUGUUUUACAUUGUUUUUCACUAAUGCAUUUUCUCCCAGUGAUUUUUUAAGUCUGUUAAAAUGCUUAUCAUAGUGUUUUCAUAGUAUUCUGGUCUUCAAAAUCAGUGGAAUGCAUUUCUUUUUUAGAUUGAAAUGAUUGCAUUGUCUCAGAGUUCCAACAUUAUAAACUGCAUUGCACCCAUGACACAGAGCAUUUCAGGAAAACAAUAACGGUGGCUGGAUGGAAGAUACUGUAGACAGUAAAUAUACAAUCAGUAGGUCGACACCAGAUGGUCUACAGUCAGUAGGUUGUCAGGGUCAAAAAGGUGACAUGUUCAAAUGGUCAACACAGAAAAGGUUGACACAAUUUUUUCACGAUUUUAAGGAUUAGGGAUAGGGUUAGGGCUAGGUAAUUGGUGGAGGGUUAGGCUGCCAUGGAGGAUGGCUAGGGUUAGUCUGUAAAAGGAAAUGGUUAUGGUUAGGUACCAGGUGGAGGAUUAGGCACUAGGGGUAGGGUUGGGUUAAGGUUUCAGUAGCGCAUGCAGGGGGGGUUUCUGGUUACCCAGAAACCCCCCUGAUGGGCCAAAUAGUUUUUUAGUGACAGAGACAGCUUUGUCUCUGUCUCAACACAAACUGCGAUCGCGACCGCUACCGCGAUAGCGAUCACAGUUACUCCUGCUACUGCAGGGAGUUUUCAUCAGCUGAGCUUGCUGCACAUAAGACUGAGCUCCAUCGGCUUUUUACAGUACUGUGGCCACCAGACCAGUCUCCUCUUUACAUCCCUGGGUAUGUCUGCUUGUGUGUGUAUGUAUGUAUGUAUGUAUGUAUGUAUGUAUGUUUGUAUUGUAUGAUAUUUAUAGUAUGUAUGCAGAAUAUUAAGCAUGUUUGCAUGUACAGUAUUUAUUUAUUAACAGUUUCUUAUAUAGCGCAGCAAAUUCCGUUGCGCUUUACAAUUUGAAAUAACAAUAACAAACUGGGUGAUAACAGUCAUAGAGGUAGGAAGGCCCUGCUCGCAAGCUUACAAUAUAUAGGGAAAUAGGCAUAUGUACACAAGGAAAGGUGCUAUCUAUUGCAUAGAAUGAAAAGACAUGUGAGGAUAUGUGUGGACUGUAUAGAGUGGAUGUAAUUUGAUAGGAAGGUUUAUGAAAGUUAUGUGGGCGGUUCUGGAAUGUGAUAAGCUUGCCUAAAGAGGUGAGUUUUGAGGGAACGCUUGAAGGUUUGGAGACUAGAGGAGAGUCUUAUUGUGCGUGGUAGGGCAUUCCACAGAGUGGGUGCAGCCCGAUGAAAGUCCUGCAGUCGUGAGUGGGAGCGAGUAAUGAGUGUGGAUGAGAGACGCAGGUCUUGUGAAGAGCGAAGAGGUCGGGUUGGGAGAUAUUUUGUGAUAAGCGAAGUGAUGUACGUUGGUGUAGUUUGGUUAAUGGCCUUGUGUGUGAGUAAAAGUAUUUUAUAUUGAAUGCGGUAGAGUACAGGUAACCAAUGGAGGGACUGACAGAGUGGAUCUGCAGACGAGGAAGAUAAGCCUCACCGCUGCAUUCAGAAUGGAUUGUAGUGGUGAGAGUCUCGUUUUGGGAAGACCAGUUAGGAGACUAUUGCAAUAAUCAAUGCGGGAGAUAAUGAGAGCGUGGAUUAGAGUUUUUGCAGUGUCUUGUGUAAGGUAUGGUCGUAUUUUGGAUAUGUUUUUUAGAUGCAUGUAACAUGAUCUUGAGACAGAUUGAAUGUGGGGAACAAAGGACAGAUCAGAGUCAAGGAUGACACCUAGGCAGCGAGCUUGUGGGGUAGGGUAGAUAGUCGAGUUUUCAACAGUGAUAGAGAUAUCAGGUUGGU